CAGCUAUCUGUGAUCAGAGAUGGCGGGCGCCUCCGACCCCCUGGAAGAUAUGCUCUUUUCAGAGGUGGAUGAAAAAGCUGUGAGCGACCUAGUGGGCUCAUUGGAGUCACAGCUUGCUGGCCAAAGCAAUCCGGCUGGUAAAACAGACGAAAACGGAGGCGCUGGCACAGUGGCCCCCGCUAACCAUCACUUAGGAAAAACGCUACCAGCUCCACUGGACACCACAACACUAGAACAACAACAACAAGGACGGCGUAAUAAACCUGAGAUGCGCCAGGAGAUCAACUCUAAAGACAUCAGCCCGGAUAAAACUGUCAAACCUCCGUCUCCGGGCUGCACCCCUUCUUUUGGCGAGCCGUCCGCCACUUCGGCUGCCGGUGUGAACGCCACCUCCAGCGGUUCGCAAUCACAUGGAGCAUCCAUCACAACACUGACUGCAUCUGGGCUGUCAACUUUGGCAUCUCCGCCUGCCAGCAUCAGCACCGCAUCCAGUCGGGACUCUAAGGUUACCCCGGGCACAGGUGAGACGUCGACGGAAGCUAACCCGCCGAGAAAACGCAUGAGCACACCGCGGAGGAGCGCUUCGGCUCGGAUAAAGAGUUUGAACGGUGCAGCUGUGACGACGAGAAGGAGCAGCACCACCGCGGUGGCUGAAAACGUUAGCUCUGUGGAAACCGGUGCAACUAACGUUACACCAAACUCUACUCGGCCGGGGACAUCCUCUAUCAACACUUCGACUUUCACCUUAUCUAACGCUAGCCUCCCUGUAGGUCAGUCUGCUAUUGCACUCGACCGGGGGACUCCUACCAUUGCUUUACAUAGACUCCCCAAUCAUAUUGUAGCGAGCAUAUCCCAGAACGGGAACGGGACCAGUGUUUCGGCCUUGGCCCAGCAGGGCGCUCGCAUAGGACCCAUCCCCUCUUCAGCUUUACAGGGGAACCACAGCAAAACGGUCACAGACACUGGGGCUUCCAAAACAGACGAUUGUCAGUCCAAAAUUGUAAUGUCAAGCCAGUCUGGUGGUGUCAAUUCUGUAAUAAACACUGUUUCCCCAACGCCUUCUGUUGUUACACCAACAACAACCACAGCAGCAGCUACAACAACCACAACAGUAACCCAGCCUCUGAGCUCGGCCACCACUGCGGCUUGUGUUACAGGGGUGGCAACAGGUUCUGUGUGUGGAGCUGGUCAAACAACAUCAGUGACUACCACUAUUAGCGUGGUCAGGCCCACAGCCCCGUCUCCAACACCUGCUGUGGCCACCACUGCCCAGUCUCAACCCCGUCCUGGACUUACAGCACCUCAAAGGAUCGUAGCCCCCCAGCUGAUUGUCAGACCACCUCAACAGCAGACGACCAUUCAGCUGCCCCCUGGGUUUACCAUUCCACCUGGCAUGGUGUUGGUACGCACGGAGUUGGGCCAGCUAGUGAUGGUUCCUCAGCAGGCUUUGGCUCAAGCUCAGGCUCAAGCUCAGGCCCAGGCCCAGAAUAACAUCUCUCCACGACCUGCCACCCCUACGACAGGAGCAUCCUUCAGAGUAACAACUCCACAGAAGGGCCCCGUGGCACCGGCCGUGGCUGUGACGGCUCCGCAGCAGACCCCCGUGGUUAUGGCCCCCCAGGCCCCGGCCCAGCCUGCCUCCCAGCCAGUGCAGCCUCCGCAGACGGCCAUCGCCCCGGCCCCCGGAGCUCCUGUCGUGUCCCAGGAGAUGCAAGAGAAUGUCAAGAAGUGUAAGAAUUUCCUGGCUACACUUAUCAAACUGGCGUCUCACAAUUCUCCGUCCCCUGAGACCUCCAAGAACGUCAAGGCUCUUGUUCAGGACCUGCUGGAUGCCAAGAUUGAACCGGAGGAGUUCACCAGCCGGCUGCAGACUGAGCUCAAGUCGUCUCCUCAGCCUUACCUGGUGCCCUUUCUUAAGAAGAGCCUCCCGGCCCUGAGGCUGUCUUUGCUGAAUAGUCAGCAGUCCCUGAUCCAGCCCCCGCAGCAGGGAGUCAAACCAGCGCCCGGCGGCACGCCUCCUGCCAUCGUGGCUGGGCCAGCUGUCCGCAUACGGCACCCUAACAGCGUCAGCACCACAACGGGUGCCAGUGCUCUCCCCGCUGGGACGCUUGGGCAUGCAGCUGUCAUGGGUAUCAAGACAGCAGGCGCUGUCGGUGGCCAGGUCCGGAUGCCCGUGGUGAUCACACAGUCUGUCAGAGCGCAAGGCACAAUGGGGAAGGGAGCCAUCAUCCAAGCAGGCAAAAGUCCCGUGGGCUUGGCUGUUCAGAUCUCUGGGAAUCAGAAAAACAAGCUCAACGACCCCGGAGGAGGUUCUUUCAGGGAUGACGAUGACAUCAAUGAUGUAGCCUCAAUGGCCGGGGUGAACCUGAAUGAGGAGAGCGCAAGAAUACUCGCCACCAAUUCUGAACUAGUGGGAACACAGAUCCGCUCAUGUAAAGACGAGGCCUUUCUCCAUCCAGGACUGCUCCAUCGACGUAUUCUGGAAACAGCAAAGAAGUUUGGAGUCACGGAGGUCCCUAUGGAGGCGGUGACAUUCAUCUCACACGCCACGCAGUCACGACUCCGUACUGUGGUAGAAAAGGUUUCUACUAUCGCACAGCACCGACUGGACUCCUGUAAGGAUGAUGAGUGCUAUGAGCAGUCUGCAGACGUUCGCUCUCAGCUCCGCUUCUUCGAGCAGCUGGAGAGAAUCGAGAAGCAGAGGAAGGACGAGCAGGAGAGAGAGAUCCUGUUGAAAGCCGCUAAAAGUCGCUCCAGGCAAGAGGACCCAGAGCAAGCUCGACUGAAACAGAAAGCUAAGGAGAUGCAGCAACAGGAACUGGCCCAGAUGAGGCAGCGAGACGCCAACCUCACAGCACUAGCCGCAAUUGGACCCCGUAAAAAACGUAAAGUGGAUUCACCAGGGGCCACCCCAUCAGGGACAGAGGUUUCAGGCAGCACGGCGGGUUCCUUGGCCAGCUCCUCCACCCCAUCCACGUCAUCGCGCCAGUACACACGGCAACGCAUCACUCGCGUCAACCUCAGGGACUUAAUUUUCUACAUGGAGCAGGAGAGAGAGACCGCCCACUCCCUCCUCCUUUACCGUGCCCUGCUGAAGUAGCCCGUGCUCUGCUCAGCACCCACCUCCUCCUCCUCCUCCUCCUCCUCUUCCUCCUCCUUCCCAGCCACGUGCCUUCAGAUCAGGUCUAAUGUUUCAACUCUGUGUCUCCAUAUGUACUGUAGUGACGUUUGAUGUAGCUUUUAAUAGGAAGAGAGACUGAGAGAGACAAAAAAACGUACAAAAAUAAGACUGUUGUUCCGUGUCUUCUCCGUUUAGAUUCACUGUGUGUGUUUAGAUUAUUCAGUUUAAAGGCCAUAUCAUGUUCUUUGUCUUGAAGUUGAAUUUGUCAAAGGAACAAAGCUGUUUUUGUGUCGCACGACUUGACCCAGAACUGGUUCCAUGUAUGUUGGGUAGCUAUUUAUUUGAUGUCGUUGGCAGUAGCUUCAAUGAACAACCUCAAAGUUAUGAUUUUUUUGGCCAAGAGAAUUAUGUUCACACCUCUAUACAGCCUACGAUAUUAUCCACGAGCUAUUUGUUGAACAUAGUUCAAUGAAUUUUUAGUUUAGCUGAACUCAAUAACUAAUAAAGAGACUGAUUUGUAUACCGAGACACCCUUUUGAAACAUAUAGAUUCCAAAUAACAGCAUAAUGUUUCCUUACUGUAUGUGUAAAUAGUUCUUUUUGAAUUAUUUUACAGCAUGUAUAUUUUUAUUUGUAUUAGCUUUGUAAGAAAAGGAAUAACCCGUGUCAAUACUAUUAAACCUGAUGUUUUAUAAAACCAUGUGCUUUGAAUUGUCAAAAUCAGACAGUUUGUUUGUCCUCAUGACCCUUCUACAAAGGUCAUUAAACUAAAUCAUGGUCGCACUAUGACACCAGUUUCUGAUUGGUCACCCUUGUUGAGUGAGUCACUUUUUUUUUUUUCUUGCCCACACAUAAUGUGAACAUUGUUUGUAUGGCUAGAUGUGUGUAAGUUUUGUACUAUCAUGCUCACUUCUUCAAACACUUAACUUGUUUAGAAGGUAAGUGUUGAUGAGAUUAAACACUCA